CAAUGGUUCAUCUUGCUUGUCUCCUUCCUCACUAUCCUCCUCUGGUGCUUCGAAAAUCUCUUCCAUGGUUACUUCGGUGAUAUGGGCGUCAUUGCUUUGCUUCCCAUGAUCAUCUUUUUUGGGUCUGGUCUAUUGCGCAAAUCGGAUUUCGACAAUUUCCCAUGGUCAAUAGUCUUUUUAGCGAUGAGUGGAAUUGCGCUAGGAAAAUCGGUGUUGUCGUCAGGCUUACUAGACGACAUGGACGUGCUGAUCGAGCGGGGUUUGAAAGGCUUAAGUCUCUGGCCGAUCACCAUCCUCUUUGGGUUCCUGGUCUUGAUCAUCUCGACCUUCAUCAGCCACACCGUCGCGAGCGUCUUGUUGAUCCCCAUCGCAUUCGAAAUCGGGAACUCUAUGGAGGUCAAUCAUGCGCGAUUGUUGAUCUUCUUGACUACUUUUAUUUGUUCUACUGGCAUGGGCUUGCCCGUCUCUUCCUUUCCUAACCAGACUGCGGUUAACUUGGAAGACGAAUUUGGGACUCGCUAUUUGAGCUCGAAAGAUUUCCUCAAAUUCGGACUGCUUUCGAGCUUUUUCGGGUUUUUGAUCAUCUUGACUAUCGGCUUUAUGAUCCUUCUAGUCUUCGGUUAUUAAUCAUUCUUGCCCCCCCCCACCCCCCAGUUUCUUUAUUUUUGUUUCUCUGGACAGAAGGGCCAAGAAAAAAAAGGCACUUUUUAUCCUCUUUGUUAUAUACAACGUGUUCUUUUUAUGUAUUCUUUUGGAAGAUUAAUCUUUUGUUCUCUUCCAAUUGGAAUUCUCUGGCGUCGUUGUUUUCUCGCUCUCACUCUCUCUAUUUCUCUAUUUCUCUCUUUUUCUUUCUUUUAUUGUGUUGUAGGUCAUUGACAAGUAAAAGAAACAUCCAUAGACUUGUAUACAUAGAUUUCAACAGCUCUUCAUCUCAAUUUUGCCUUCUUAUGCCGGAUCCGCCCUAGUUCUUACUAGGAUAUUGUGUACCGAGGAUAUGUCUUUGGUAACCUUGUUUCCAAGUGUCA